GUUUAUAAGGCCCUCCCCCAAUUACAUUGCGUUUGUACUAGACUGGGAACGAAGGAAGUUAGUCCCUUGUGCGGAUCCGUCCUACCAUCCGGCUGUUUGGCUGCAGCAACAUGGCGGCGGUCUCAAUGUCAGUGGCGCUGAGGCAAGCGUUGUUGGGGAGAAGGACAGUGGCUACAGCUGCCGUUUCCACUUCCAGGGCUCUGACCAGGUUGUUGAGCACAUCCACAUGGAGGUUGGCGCAGGACCAAAUUCGAGACACGCAACUUAUAACAGUUGAUGAAAAAUUGGAUAUCACUACAUUAACUGGUGUUCCAGAAGAGCAUAUCAAAACUAGAAAAGUUAGGAUCUUUGUUCCUGCUCGCAACAACAUGCAGUCUGGAGUGAACAACACCAAGAAAUGGAAAAUGGAGUUUGAUACCAGGGAGCGAUGGGAAAACCCUUUGAUGGGUUGGGCAUCAACGGCUGAUCCCUUAUCCAACAUGGUUCUAACCUUCAGUACCAAAGAAGAUGCAGUUGCCUUUGCAGAAAAAAAUGGAUGGAGCUAUGACAUUGAAGAGCGGAAAGUUCCGAAACCGAAGUCCAAGUCUUACGGUGCAAACUUUUCUUGGAACAAAAGAACAAGAGUAUCCACAAAAUAGGUUGGACUGGCUAUAUCUCUGCGUUUGACUGUGAAUGAAGUCUUCUGUGUGGUAUUAAUAAUCCAUGUAUACAUCUCUCAAUCUAAUAAAUUUCACCUUUAAACUACAGAUAA